AUGGUGCUCGCACUAGCACUGAAAGCAGACCUGAAUGGAGUAACGGACCUGCGCCCCAACGACACGGAAGACGCGCCUUUCUUCUACACCUUCAAAGUCCAAUGCACGUCAUGUCGCGAAGUGCACCCCAACCAUGUCACCGUCAACCGGUUCGAGAUGAACGAGCAAAGCGGCAGCAAAGGCGAGGCCAACUUUGUGUGGAAAUGCAAGAACUGCAAGAGAGAGCACUCGGCAAACGUCAAAUCCGCGCCCGCAUCCUACUCACAAAGCGACCCGCCCAAGAAGACCAACAUACUCGAGUUCGACUGCAGAGGGCUAGAGUUUACCGAAUUCAAGGCAGAGGGCGAGUUUCUUGCAACGGGCAUAGAGUCUGGCACCAAAUUCUCGGGCAUCGAGCUUCCUGACGGCGAAUGGUACGACUAUGACGAGAAGGCUGGCGAGGAAGUGAGCAUUACAAAUGUGGAAUGGGAGAUUCGUGUUCUUUGUUGCCAGUGCGCCAUGGGCCGGUGA